AUGGAUUUCAGUCAAUCUGAUGACUACUAUCUGGAGACGAACGUUGAGAAGGACGUUAACAUGCAUUUUUUUGGAUAUCUCGAGCCAAUGGAAAUGGACGCCGGUACACACCUGAUUCGGAUUUACUUUCCGAAGAAUUGUCAGGACUGCAUCGUAGGGAGCUGUCACAGGUGCGACAUUGUAUUAGACGGACCUGGAAUUGCCAAUCAGCAAUGUAGGGUGUUUUGGGCAGGAAAUAGAUAUGCGCGUAGUAAAGUUUCGGUUGUGAACUUGACUGAACGAGGUCUAUUGAUUAAUGACGUGCCGAUUCCCAAAGCCAAGUGGCAGGAAUUGAAUUCUGGAGAUAAACUCCAAUUCGGACUUCACUAUCAGUACAUAUACCAACACACCGCCGAUGUUGGGCCCUCAGACGGCUUUCAUAGCACGUACGCUAUUGGCGAGGAGGUUGGGCAUGGUGGUUAUGCUACCGUCAGCCGGGUUACGAAUAAAGAGACUGGCGAGAUACGCGUGGUAAAGAGGGUAGCGAAGCCUUUCCAUUUGAAGGCUAACAGGCCGCGCUCGACAUAUGAGAUCUACACUAUGAGACAGGUGGGCUUACAUCACCAUGUCGUCCGACUCUACGAGGUGUAUUAUCACUAUGAUAAUAGUAUCAAUAUGAUCUUGGAAUACGUGGACGGCGGGGAUUUACAGACUUACUUGAACAUACAUCACCGACUGUCGGAAUCCCAGUCGAAAAGAAUUGCUUACCAGAUAUGCUCUGCGAUGACGCAUGUGCAUUCGAUGGGUGUCAUACACAGAGACCUCAAGCCAACGAAUAUCUUACUCACAUCUGAAAAACCCCCAGUGGUCAAAAUCGCCGAUUUCGGUCUGGCUGUAUCAGCAAAAGGCCCUUUUUUUCUAUCCGAGACGCUCGUUGGAACUAACCGCUUCCUCGCUCCUGAGCUAGGCAAAAAAUGCGGACCGUUUUUGUACAGCGACCGGGUGGAUAGUUGGAGUGUUGGGAUUACUGUUCUUACAAUGCUGGCUGGCAUUAACUCUCUUCCUGAGCAAAUGGAUUUAGAGUCAGAUAUAGAGUUUUUCGAGUGGCUUUCGACGUUCAAAGUGGACGAAGGGUGUCUUGCGGGAUUAGAUGUCCAGAUAUCAGAACCAGCGAAAGGUUUUUUAGUAGCACUUCUGGAUAGAGACCCGUUCGUUCGGGCGUCACUUACGAUGGCUCGUUAUUUGCCGUGGCUUGAAGAAUUUGAGAUCGAAGAUGUCUGUGAACAAGAUGAAGUUGAUGAAGUUCAUAGAAUGUUGAUUAGCGACGACAGUAUAUAG